AUGAAGGGGCGUGGUUACAAUGUGAGUUACUAAUGGCUCCAUGAUGCUGUUUCCUUUAAGCGGAGGAGCUUUGUGAAACAGGUUUUGUGAAACAGGUUUUUCGCUGAUGCCAGAGCUGCCUGUGGCAGUGGCUGUGCCUAUAGCUGUCACUCUGGCUCUCAGUGAAUUCAGAGUGUGUAGGCAUGUGCUGUGGUGCUGUAGUGACCAAGAGUUCCUUGGUUUGAACCCUUCUUGGUUUUGGCUCUACAGUUUCUGGCAUAUGGAUGUUAAGCUACUCAACAGGUCUGCGUGUGUUGUGUUCAUCAGCUGCCUCUGUCCCACACCUUAAACACGCUUCUGUGACAAGUGCAGGGCACUUGCCUAUGCCACCAGCAAUUCCUCACAAGCCAGGAUAUUUGUGAUCAUACUGUUCCUAUUUAUUGCUGGUGAAGAUACAAGGUUUACAGUGUGUUUCACCCUGAAUGGUCGAUCAUGAAAAAUAGGAUUUGAAAACAGUUUCAGGCAGCUACUGGUUUUUUUCUUUUACUGUAUUGCUACUGGCUAGCCGUAAAUCCUUACCCCUCCGUCUGGAAUCUGAGUGACUCCACUUUGUCACGAAUGAAGAAACUGAAAAGCAAUUCUGUUUGCUUGAUCGGUGCUGCGUGGUAAGUAGUGCCGGCAGCCUCUUAGGUGCUGUGGGUAUGCUUGUGUUUUUAGGAGGCUAUCUACUUCCCACUAGUCAGUGAUGUGAGAGUAUCUUGAGCAUAAACUGCCUGUAAACUUGACAGUCGGAAAACCUGACUGCUUUAGCAGAAGAAUUUCACAAGGUGGCAGUACUGAUAAACUAAUUCUGCUGUGUCAGAAUGAUAUGCCUACCAUUGUGAUAGAAACUCAUCCCAGCUCAAAGCUGGGGGACAGGAUUUCUCCAACCCUUGGCUCUUCAUUGCUAGUAGUGCUAAUUUAUCAGUAGAGAUGGCUUAGGCUGUGGUUUUCUGCUGUGAUGCAGGCAGUUCCCUGCUUGGUUUUCAGCUCCCACAUCAAGCUUUCUCUCCAAAGCACGCCCUGUUUAUUCUCUUGAACUGUCAUAGCUUGCUGGUUAAUUCAGUACCUUCAAGAAAACAUCUCCAAAGCAAGAUCUUCAGCUGCCCUAAAGUUCAACAAUUGCUGAGUUAUUGCCCAGACCAGUAGUAGUGGAUACUUUGGAUAACCAGGAGGCUUUUUCACUCCAAAUGUGAUGCUUUUCUGAUCAGAUUGCUGUUGUGGUACCCACAAGUACACACGUGCUUCAGCAAAGAACCAAAGAUUUGUGAUGUUGAAAUAAGGAAGGAUUCUGGUUUUAAUGAUGUGUGUAAAGCUGGGCUAGUGAUUGAAGCAAAUUCUUUUUGGUGCAACCUCCUGCUGCAGGAGGGAUUGCCACACACUUGUUUGUGCUUUUCUACUUAUAGAUACAUUGUAAAAACAAGCCAAAUGGUUUAAUAGCUUAUUUUUACAGCUGUAAUAACCAAAUUGAGUAGAAGAAACAUCAAAUUGAGUUGUAAGAAACAUCCUUUGAUGUUAGUGUCUAUGCACUUGUGUACUGUCUGCUUUCUGGAUAAAUCCUUAAAGAAGCUGAAUGUUUACUUUGCCAUUGCUGUACCCAAAUACUGAAAUUUGAGAUGUUACCUUUAAAAAAAACAAACACCACCACAUAACACCAAAACACCAUCAAAAAAAAGCUGGGGAGGCUUAGUAAAUGCUGUGUGUGUUUCUCCAUGUUUGAGAGUAAGCUUUUGAAGUUUAUAUUUAGACUUUCUUACCAAGGAAAAAAAGAGGGAGAAUUCUUUGAAACUGAAGAAUAGGCUUUUCAGGCUAUAAAUCCAGUGUGUAUUUUAUUAAUUUAGAGGAACUGGAACCGUGGCAACUCCUGCAGUUUCCUUUUUGGAGCAGUUGGAGGAAGUGGAUCUCCAGCUGUGUUUGGUCUGAUGGGUUAAUACUGUUCCAGGCACCAGAAAUAAUUUUCUUGUCUGUCAUACUUAGCCCUAAUGGAGGGCUGUGCUGUGUCUGACAGUUUAAUUUUGUCCAGAUCUUCCUUUAGAAAUCCAACUUUAUUUCAAACUCUAUGUAGGAGUGAUGUGUACGAACACGCUGUUUCACAAACAGUCUACAAAUGCAGCCCUGAAAUGACACAUUAGUUCUGGUGGGUCAUGCGUGAUGUGGGCCUGGGUGACCCAGGACACGGGCUGUGCCACCCUGCCCAAGGGCACUGUGAUUCCAGCUGCUAAUCCGGAGUGUGAGGCUGAAAAUAACCCAGCAGAGCUGAGCCAGUGAGAGGCUGCUGCUAUAACCUGGAAGGAAAUUACUGUCAUCGGGAGUAAACUUCCUGGGUUGUUCUGCGGCCGGGGCAGCGAGAAGAGAAGCAGCAGUGAGUGAGAUGGGUUUGACCAGCUGUGUGAAUAGUAGGAUCUAGCUGAUGCUGAAGCUUCCUUGUAAUGAUGUCAUCACGUACAAAUCUGACUGCUGGGAUUCCCAGUAGCAAAGUCAAAUAUUCCAAGCUCUCCAGCACUGAUGAUGGAUAUAUUGACCUGCAGUUCAAGAAGAGCCCACCAAAAAUCCCCUACAAGGCAAUUGCACUGGCUAUUGUGCUCUUCAUGAUUGGGACCUUCCUCAUUAUCAUAGGAGCCCUUCUCUUGGCAGGAUACAUUAGCAAAGGCGGAACGGACCGUGCCAUCCCCGUGCUCAUCAUUGGGAUCCUUGUGUUUCUCCCAGGCUUCUACCACCUGCGCAUUGCAUACUAUGCUUCCAAAGGCUACCGGGGCUAUUCCUACGACGAUAUCCCAGAUUUUGAUGAUUGAACAAUGUAUUUAAUUGCAUUAUAAUUAGGUCGGUGGUAAGAGCUGUUAGUUACCUUGGAUAUUGGGGGGAACUGUAAGAUUGUAGAUGGAAUAUAUCAGUCAUGAGCUGCCAGUUCCUGGUUUUGAGGGGUUUCAGGGUUUUCAUUUGGGGGAGUGGGUGCUCGAACAUGGAAUUGACCAAAAGAUUGCAACAUUAGGUGGGAAGAACAUGUGAUUUAUUGUAUCUUUUCCUCUUUUGGUUGCAUAAUGCUGGUUGCUUUUAAGAAGUUCUUCUUGGGCAAGGCAAUUCUAGCAGUUUUCUAAAAAUAGAUGAGCCAAUUCCAGCAGCAAAGAGAUUGGUUGUUCUGACUGUUUUAUAGAGUUUAUUUUAGUUUUCAGUGAGAUUGUGGUUAUCGUUGGGUUUACCUUUGCAGACAAACACCAUAGUUGAAUUCUCCUUUUGCUCUCUGUCCAUCAGAAAUGCUUCCAAUCUACUUGUCCUGUGCUAGUCUAGAGUAAUGUAAGUCAGAUGUGUACAAGAGGGGGGAAACUGCACUUGCAUGAAAUAACUUACAUGUAGUGCAUUUGCCGCACAACUCUUCUUGUCAGACUGACCAAGCUUAUUUACUCAGCAAACACAUUCUUCAGAAGCAAGCUGUUUCCCACGCCACUGUUACUUUUGGCAAAAUCCGCUUAUCCUUUAAAAGGACUGUUGUUGGAUUUUGCUUAUUAUUCUAAACAAACCAAAUGGAUAUGGGGAGAAGAAUUGGUAUCCAGACCAGGAUUCAAGUGUCUAAAUACCCACACUAGUCAAAACCAAGAUUUUUGGUAUUGGAGACACUUGAAUUCCAACUGUCUGCAUGUGUAUUUGGAAUCACUUUGUCCUUGUGCAUAACUCCCUAGACCAGUAAAAAAAAAUCUCUGUAUAGUUUGUACUGAGUAAAUCCCACUUGUAUUGUUUUGCUAGCUUCAGUGAUAGGUUAUUUGGGAAAACAGAUUUGUAGCUCAGUUUAUGUAAAGCAAAAACUGUCUCUUGAAUUGGGAAUGAAAUUGAUGUCCUGGGGAACAAGUACAUGACAAGUAGUGAUGCAAGUUAAUGUAUUUAAUAUGAAUAAACUUCACUAUAUUCUGUGUACAAA